CAAGGCUGACCUGCGCGAACUUCUUUCUACAAGUUCGCGCUGCUAAAACCUGCGACCGUCAUCCCAGACGGCUUGAAGAAUCUCAGCAGCCAAACCACACAUUUUUCGUACUCCGCCCAGCAUGUCGCGCCAUCAUCCUGAUCUCGUCAUGUGCCGCAAGCAGGCCGGCAUCGCCAUCGGCCGCCUCUGCGACAAGUGCGACGGCAAGUGCCCCGUGUGCGACUCCUACGUGCGGCCAACGACUCUCGUUCGCAUCUGCGACGAAUGCUCCUUCGGCAACUACCAGAACAAGUGCGUUGUCUGCGGCGGCGAGGGCAUCUCUGACGCCUUCUACUGCUUCGAGUGCACGCGCCUCGAGAAGGACCGUGACGGCUGUCCCAAGAUCAUAAACCUCGGCAGUUCCAGGACCGACCUGUUCUACCAGAAAAAGACCAAUCGGACGGCGACGUACUAGUCCCUGCGUCGCCCGGGUAUGGGCACCAAACCCCGUGUUGGGUUUUUGAUGAGAAGGAUACGGACAUGAUGUUUGCGGGAGUGGGUUUUGCAUUGUCUGGCGUUUAGGGCGUCCAGAUUUACAGAUCGAGCAGGGAAAUUCCAUGGCCGCCUUGGCGGCAGUUCAAAAAUGGAUGGCAUUCACAAAUAAUUGCGGCGAUUCGCUGUAAUUAUGCAUCAGUAUGGCAACAAUUUAAAAACCUGUCACUAUCACAUGCAGUUGCGGCCAUUGUCCAUCCAAAUUCGUAUAAUAUACAGUGAAAGUCACAGCUAGCCGGUACCCCGUCGU